AAUUGCUUGCUGAGGCUGCAGUCACCAUCUCCUCUGAGCGCUGGGACUUCAUCUCCUUCCCCAUCUCAAAUGUCAAGAUGUGUCUGUUCUUCCAUCCGCUCUGCACCACGGCCAAGGCCAGAGGAGUGAUUGGAAGAGGGAAAGAGGCAGAGGAUGGGUGAGUGCAGGAGCCUGGAGCCAGAGAGAGACACCCACCACCUCUGCUCUGCAAAGAAGAGCCUUGAAAAUGAAGAGCAGACACCUCUGGAGGGCACCAGGAGCUCUGCGGGAAUCCCUGCAGCCUCGGGCAGUGAUGACCUGGGGAAAAGCCCCUGUUCUGGAGACCAGCUUUAAUGGCAGAGCAAUGACCAGGCAGCAGGAGGGGGAACAGCUCCCAGCUGAGGACAGAGACCCAGGCUGCUCAGCCUGAAACUAGGCUGGUGCUCAUCUCACUUGGAGCACAGCCAAUCACUUCUAGUAAAUUAUUCAUCUGACAAAUUUAGCCUGUUAUUCUAGUCGUGCUCUACCCAGAGUUUUACAGAUUUCGUUAUUAUUUCAAAUUGUGCAAACACCGCAGAAACCUCUCUCGGGCUCUGGCACGCUCUGCCUUCAUCUCAGCUCAUCUGCCACAUCUGAAAUAUGAUUUCUACCAUCUGGUGCCCAACUCUUCAUCCCCAGCAUGGCCCCAGGACCCUGGAGAGGAAUGCCACCAGGAAAAGGACAGAUGACGCCGCUGCUGCCCGCCCCGAAGGUCUCCACGCCCACCCUGCAAGGCACCCAUGUCCCCACCGCGGGGGGCUGCGCUCAGGCCCCGAAGGGCCCCAGCUCGCCGCAGGGUCGCAGCAAGAAGAGGAGCCGAAAGCACCAGCGGUUCAUGAAGCGCCGGGCACUGCUGGAGCAGAAGGGGCUGCUGAGCCCCCAUGGGCACCUGGGUGGUCAGACCGCUGAGUCGGGGCUGGAGGCACACACUACACCCACCGAGGCAAAUGGCACCACGGCACUGCGCUGUGACAAGGUCCCCAAGCCCACACGGAUCGUGUCUGCAUCCCUGUCUCCGUCUGCCUCUCCAGACAGCAUAGCCAGGCACCACUCCGUGCUGCUGUCCCAGGGCAGCUCCAAGAGGGUGCGGACGUCCUCCCUCGUCCUGCGCCCGGGCAAGUACGUGGCCAUCGACUGUGAGAUGGUGGGCACCGGUCCUCAGGGCAGGCUGAGCGAGCUGGCACGAUGCUCUGUGGUGAACUAUGAGGGGGAUGUCAUCUAUGACAAGUACAUCCGGCCCGAGCUCCCCAUCGUGGACUACCGGACGCGCUGGAGCGGCAUCACCAAGCGGCACAUGAAGAAUGCAAUUCCCUUUGCGGCUGCCCAGGCGGAGAUCCUGAAGAUCCUGAAAGACAAGAUUGUGGUAGGACACGCCAUCCACAAUGACUUCCAAGCCCUGAAGUACUUCCACCCGAAAGAAAGGACUCGAGACACCAGCCAGAGCCCUGUGCUGAAGAAGAGGGCAGGGCUGCCUGUCAAAGCCAAUGUGUCCCUCAAGAACUUGGCCAGGCACUUGCUCCAUAAAAAGAUCCAGGUUGGCUGCAGAGGACACUCAUCGGUGGAGGAUGCUCAGACAGCCAUGGAGCUGUACAGACUGGUGGAGGUGCAGUGGGAGAAGGAGCUGGCCCACAGCCUGCCCCCCCGGCCCCCCAGCCCUGUCACAGACCCUGCUGCAGACAGCAGCCAGUACCUGGAUGACCAGUACUGGCCCACAGACCUGAUGGCAAGCAGCCUGUGAUGGGGGACAGCAUCUCCUCCGUGCGUUUUGGGCCAUCCUGCUGCCUUCAGCUGUUCAAGGUGGAGGUGACUGCUGACCUCCUGCCCUGGGGCUUGUGCCCACUACCCAGCCCUGUUCAGGGAUGAAGACAUAGUGACACCUGCACACAAGCAAUCUCCCAAAAAUGCUGUCUGCAGCCUUGAGCUGUCACACAGAAAUAAGGGCUGUGACUGCUCCGUGUUCAUCUGUCACUUGAGGAUGAGCAGGGUCCUGUGUCAGCCUGGAGGAGCCUCUGUGGGUGUAUAAGGGGGGCUACCAACACCCUCCAUGCCUUCUGUGGGGUUGUCCUCUCAGACAGCAAGGGGCAAGUUUCCCUGUGGAGGGGCUGAGGUGUUUUGCUGAUGCCCAAAGGCUGCAAACCAUCUGGGCCAGUUUGCUCCUCACUUUUUCGUAGAACCAUAGAAUAUGCAGAGUUGGAAGGGAUCCAUGAGGAUCAUUGUGUCCAACACCUGGCCCUGCACGGAACACCCAAAGAAUCCCACCACGUGCCUGAGAGCUUUGUCCAAACACUCCUUGAAAUCAGACGUGCUUGGCGCUGUGAUCACUUCCCUGGGGAGCUUGUUCCAGGGCUCAGCUCCAGUUGUGUGCUGAAUAUUUUGUCCAGAAGGAUACUGUGAGAGACAGUAUCAAAAUGUUUAUGUCCAGAAAGAUUUCACCACCUGGUGUCCCUUGAUCAGCUAGGUGGGUACCCUGUUGUAGGAGGAAAUCAGGUUGAGUGAGCAGGACUUUGCCUGCAUGGAGCCAUGCUGGUUGUGACCAAUGACUACAUUGUGCUCCAGGUGUUUGUCAAUACCUCUCAGAAAAAUACUUUCCAUGAUUUUACCUGUCAGUGAAGUGAGACUGACAGGCUGUAGUUUCCAGCAUCCUUGCCCUUCAAAACUGGAGCAACAUUUGCCAGCUUUCAGUCAGCUGGGACCUCCCUGGAUUCCCAGACUGCUCAAAAAUAGUUGAGCAGCCUUGUAAUGACAUCAGCAGCUCUGAGGAUUCUUGGAUUAAUCGCAUCAGGCCCCAUAGAUUUGUAAGGAUCCAACUGCACAAUGAAGUUCUAAAAGAAGGUGUGUGUCUAAUCAGUGUCCUGAUCAGCCUGGACAAGAGCAUAGAAUGCACUUCAUUUAAAAUAAAUGAUUCACAUAAUUGUCCAAUUCUGAAUUAAAAACUGUUCUGAAUUAAAAA